ACAACCAUUAUGGAGAUCGUUGGACAAAGAACAACACUCCACUUCAUUGCUUGGCACAUGCCUUAAAUCCUAGGUACUAUAGUGAUCAAUGGCUUGAUGAAGAUCCUACUCGAAUUUCUCCGUACAAGAAUAAGGAGAUCAACCAAGAAAGACUGAAAUGCUUCAAGAAAUACUUUCCUAACUUGGAUGAGCGCAACAAGGUGAAUUUGGAGUACGUAGAUUUUGCAAGUAAAAAUGGGGAUUUUAGAGAAUUUGAUUCCAUUCAAAAUCGAUAUUCAAUGGAUCCUAAGGCUUGGUGGGUCAAUCAUGGUGCAUGUGCACCGAUGCUUCAAAGCAUAGCCUUAAAGCUUCUUGCACAACCUUCUUCUUCAUCAUGUGCUGAGAGAAAUUGGAGUACUUAUUCAUUUGUGCACUCGGCGAGAAGAAAUAAGAUGACCCCAAAACGUGCAGAAGAUUUGGUUUUUAUUCAUAGCAAUCUCCGUCUUCUAUCAAGAAAAAGCCCACAAUAUGCAGAAGGAGAGACUAAGAUGUGGGAUAUUGGCGGAGAUGCCUUUGACUCGUUUGAAGAUGUUGGGGUGCUUGAAGUUGCAAAUCUUUCACUUGAUGAGCCAGAGAUGGAGUCUGUUUUUUUUGCAGAAGAAGUGGAUAAUGUGGAUGAAUGACUUUGUUAUAUUACU